UAUAAUGGCUGCAUUCCGAACAAAUCACCAUCAGUACCAUUUUUGCCAAGCAUCCGUUUUGUAAAGUUGUGAAUAAUGGGAGCAGCAAUUUUGAUUGUACUACUUGGGCUCGUUGCCAUCGGAUCGGCCAAGCCGUACGAGCCGUAUCGCAAACCAUCCUCACCCAAUCAAUAUCCGCUCUACCCGUACAAUUUCAAUCUGCUGUACCCGGAAUCAGGCCGUGUUUCGGAUGAGUUCUUAAACCGUCUCUUUGCCGAACUUCCCAAAGAUUCUGCAGGAAGUGUGCCGUUUGUACGCCUUGACGAUAAAUCAUCGAACGAUCAGUAUCAGGAAGAUGGACCAAUUUCCCAGUCGCUCGAUCCUCGACCGGAACAAACGAUCGAUAGUGAACUACCUAACCAAGGACCGGCCGGUAAGAACGAAGCUGACAACGAGCAAUCACUAAGCAAUCCCGAUGCACAGAAGGAAGCCGCUGUUGAAAAGCCGGUUGGAAAUAAUCCAUCCAAAGAUAGCGAAGGGCAGCGUGAAAAGCAGGAAAUCCCCGAGAAACAGGCAAAAGAGGAUGAACGUGAGGUUGAAAAAGCUCACAAAGGCGACGGAAAAACAGCACACGAAAGUGAUAAAACCAAAGAAGCACCAGAAAAGCAUCACAACCGUCCUCAAGCUGAGCAGUCUAAUUCCAAACCUCGGUACAGCAACGGUCCCAAAUAGGGUCCUUCGCGUCGUGAACGUCCUCCAUUCCGUGCGGACAAAACUUAUCCACGCGGUCCCGGACCAGCUCCACAGCCAGGCGCUGGUGGAUCUCGCCAACCGGCACCACCGCUAGUUCAAAUCAACGUUAAUGUCGCUUCACCAGUUGCUUAAUUUGCUGUACUAAAGUGUGUAAUUUAAACGAAAAUAACGAGAAUGACACAACAAAAUAAAAAUGUGUAAACACAAUUGCAAAGCCCA